AUGCCCAGUUUGUUACGCAAGUUGGCCAUCGUCGCCGCACCGGAUGGUUUGGUCUUGUAUGCACAGACUGCCAACGGACGGAAUAACGGUGGAAGCAACAAUGAGGCAUCCUCGAUCCGCAUCGAUUACCAAACGAACAAAAUUACUGCGUUGCCCACCUCUGCCUCGGAGCCCCUCGGCGGCAAGGACGCCCUAGAGGCCUAUGGUCUCGUGGGUCUCUUGUCCGUCGCUUCGCACUCAUUCCUUGUCUCUAUCACUCAGCGGCAGGAGGUAGCGCAGAUCCAAGGCCGCCCGAUCUACGCAGUUACAAAGGUCGCAAUCAUUCCCAUCUCUUCAGAAGAUGAAGCCAGCCGUGCAAUCGCCCAGGCCAGGAAAGAUACAUCUCAAAAGGAAGUCGUUGUCGAAUCGUCCUCUGACGAAGACGACCUUCCUGACAAUGAAACCGACAGAGCGGAGACCGAGACGGAGGUCGGAAGCGUGCCCGCAUCACCCACACGCAAUACGUCACAUACCCGUGGAACUAGUGUCGGCAGCAUCGCGGAAGAUGUGAUCGGAAAGAAAGUUCGCUUUGGUCGAUUUGCGGCCAACUGGCUGUCACGCAAAAAUUUGGGCUUGCCUCAUCCGGGAGCUCUGGAACAGGACGUACCGGAGUCCCUCGUUGACGAAAUGCCCAGUCCGGGUGAUACCGGCGACAUCAAAUAUGAGAAUAAGAAAGGCAAUCUCACCCCAGAGAUUGGAUCCCAAGGUGGAGAUCAGCCCAAAUCUGCACAGGCGGCGGAUCUAUUGCCAAAGCUGCUUCGAUAUACAAAGCUGCUUUUUGCAUCGCAUAAUUUCUUUUUUACAUAUGAAUAUGAUCUUACGCGUUCUUUAUAUACGCAGGAAGCGCGUAUAGACCAGCUCCCCCUUCACAAAGUUGUGGAUCCAUUGUAUUUCUGGAACAAACAUUUGAUGCACACUUUUAUUGACAAUGGAGCCCACGGCUUUGUUCUACCACUCAUCCAAGGCUUUGUCGGCCAACGAGAAUUUACAGUUGCAGGCACUGAGCCGAAGCAAUCUUCGAGCUCAUCAGAUGAACUCUCUGAAGGGCGGAUUCUCGGUGAAAAAUCCGAGGCUGAAGAUGCUUCAACUGAUCCAAGCAAACGUGAUUAUCUUUUGACUCUCAUCUCUCGACGAUCUGUCAACCGGCCAGGUCUGCGAUACCUGCGCCGCGGCGUCGACGACGAGGGCAAUACUGCCAACACCGUUGAGACUGAGCAGAUUCUCUCGGUGCCAGAUUGGAGCCCGUCCCAUCCUGCUUACUCCUAUCUGCAAGUUCGGGGAUCCAUUCCUUUGUACUUCUCGCAGUCGCCAUAUGCGUUGAAGCCAAUCCCAGUGCUUCAUCACUCCGCGGACACGAAUUUGCUUGCAUUUAGCAGACAUUUCCGAGAGAUGAGUCGGCGGUAUGGCAAAGUCCAGGCGGUUUCUCUCAUUGACAAGCUGGCCGGCGAACUGAAGCUGGGAGAGCAGUAUGAAAAAUAUACUGAAUUCUUCAAUGAUGCCGGCGGCAUUGACGGCACUCCAUUGCGACUGGAAUGGUUUGAAUUCCAUCGUGAAUGCCGGGGCAUGAAGUUUGAAAACGUCUCCCGCCUGGUAGACCGGUUAAAGGAUACCUUGAAUGAAUUCUGCUACACCAUUGUUACAGACAACGCUAUCCUGCAAACACAAAAGGGCAUUAUUAGAACCAAUUGCAUGGACUGUCUCGACCGAACUGGUGUCGCCCAGUGUGCUUUCGGGCAAUGGGCUCUCGAACGUCAACUUGAAAACGAGGGCAUUGACAUUGACCUUGGUGGUGAUUCAUCCACCCAAUGGUUUAAUACCCUGUGGGCAGACAACGGCGACGCAAUCUCAAAGCAGUAUUCAUCCACCGCUGCUUUGAAGGGGGACUAUACCCGCACACGCAAGCGAGAUUACCGAGGUGCUCUCAACGACCUGGGUUUAACCCUCUCUCGAUACUACAACAAUAUCGUCAACGACUUCUUCUCUCAGGCCUGCAUCGAUUACCUCCUAGGCAACGUUUCAACCCAAGUUUUCGAUGAGUUUGCCAUCCAACUCCAAACCACCGACCCAGGAAUAUCAGUCCAAAAGCUUCGCCAAAAUGCAAUCGACACAAGCUGCAAGAUCGUCAUCAGUAGCCCUUCUGAAGAGUUCCUCGGUGGGUGGACAAUGCUAACGCCCCGUCAACCGAAUACGCUCCGCACAUUACCAUUUGAGGAAUCAGUACUACUUCUAACAGACGCGGCGGUCUAUAGCUGUCGCUUCGACUGGGAAACAGACAAGGUUCUGUCGUUUGAGCGCAUCGAUCUCCGCUCCGUCUCCCACAUCCACUACGGCACAUACAUCACUUCCAUCCUGACAGAUAGCCAAGCGAACGAGGCAAGUAACGUUGGUCUUGUGCUGGUUUACCGCGAUGGCGACAUCAACACCCUCCGAGUGAAUACCCGCUCGCUACAAAGCGAUGUCGAUCUGAGCACCCUAGAGACCACCGCUAGUGCAAACAGUGAAUGGGACCUCGUUUCUUGGCUGCGUGGUAGCAAGCCUGCCACGACACGCUUCAUGGCCUUUAAGAGUCUGCCGCUGGCGACUUCCGUGGCGAGCCCAAGGCUCGCCCCUAGCGGUGGAACUGUGCGAGAGAUGGAUCGUGUACGCUCUAUUUGCUUGGAUAUUGAGCGUGCUAUGUUUGCUGGCCAGGCCCGCAAUGUCGAAGCUAGCUCUGCGGUCGAUCAGUCUGAUAUUAUCUCUUUGGCUGAUGCUAAGAAGCGCACUGGGUGGUUGGAAUAUCUUGUUUACGAUAUCAAAAAGAUGGUCUGGGCCUGA